AUGCACUGGACCAGAGGUUCCUGCUGGCACACCCUGUUUUGGUGGCUUUGCACCCCAGGACUAAACAAGGCCUUUGGACUGAACACGACAAAACAGCACUCUGAGCAGCUUCCAUGUGAGCCAGGAUAUUACUGUCCAAGGGGAACCUUGGUAUCAAUACCAUGUCCAAGAGGUACAUUUGGGCCCAGUGCUGGAGCUACAUCUCUACAGGACUGUGUUGGUUGCCCACUGCAUCACUAUGGUCCAAGAGAGGGUAUGACUCUCUGUUUGCCCUGUGGAGCCUGGGCAGAGCAGCCUUUACCGGGUCAAGACAGGUGUGUGUGCCAGGGAGAAGGGCGAGUUUUCCAGGUCAGCGAUGGGCAAUGCCCCUGCGCCAUGGGAUACCAACUGACGAGAAAUGGAGAGGCAUGUGAACUGAAGGUGUAUGAGAUUUGCAAAAACGGAAGAUCACGCAAUCAACAUGGAGAAUGUCUUGAGAAGCAGCAGUGGAAACAGCAUUGUGCCCAGGAGGUGUGUCAGUCUCCGGAUCAUUUCAAGGGGUAUCAUGGCUCUUUGGGACUCUGUUUGUGUAGAGACCCAUUGGAGCCUGAGAAAGCAGAAUGUGCAGGCUGGUGCAGGAGUCGAGUGAGGCCAGGACUCCAGCUGGUUUGCGCAGGAACCUUGCAGCUCUUCCAUUCUGACACUGGCAGACAGGUGAGCGUGACAGGGAGCGUGUUGGAGACUGUCCUUAAACACUGGGACUCACGGGGGAAGCUGGGGUGUGACAGACAAUUCAGUUUCUCCCAGUCUGUGUACAUAGUACAGACAGGAGAGGCAGGAUUCUAUGGUCUGUUCAGUGCCCUCCCUGCAGAGGUCCAGAGGUUGUUUUCUGAAAGCAACCAAGAGAUUCCCAGUCUUAUGGAACCCCUAAACACUCACAGUUUGACAGGAGAAUCAGGAGACGGGAUAGAGGCAUGGGACACCCAUUGGGCUGUCAGACCUACUGUGAGAGGAGCUGGAAAUUCCAGGUCUUCUGGAUUGUUGAACCCCAUAGCAUGUCUCCAUCUUGGAGACAUUCUUCUUUUCACUGUGUCCAAACAUCACUUUCCUCAAUAUGAUAUAGACAACUUGUACAACACUAAUGCUGACUUUGACUGGGGGCCCUUCAGAGCGCUGGCACAGGAGCUGACUCUAGCAAAAUCAGCUCCCUCCUUGUUCUCCAUAGGCUUCAACGAACCUGGGGUGUACACUUUUAAACUGAGCAGCCAGCAAUUCAAACGCAUGUAUGUGAAGGUGAUGCCUGUGGGUGGAGAGUGUUAUGAGACUGGACCCUUUUUCCCCACUGACCCGCACCACAUGACCCGAAUGGGCAUAGCCCAGAGACGCCAGCUGCUGCUUCGUCCUGACUGGUUGGUGAUUGGAGGGCUUUUGAUUGGAGCUGUUGUUGUCCUCUGUUUGUGUGUUGCAUUGCUGACCUUGUUUAGAGAGUAUGGCUGGCCUGACAAGCUGCCCACCCAAGCUAAGUACCGUGCUCUUCAGCUCAAAUAUAAUAUGGAUGACUAUGCAUCAAAGGGAUCAAGGGUAAUGGCAGUGAAAAAGACACACAGAAACCUGCAGGUUGAGAUCACAGAUGACUCAGUGAAAAGAGCAGUGGCUCUGUCGAAAGAUGAAUUCUGGGAUUAUGAAGAGCAGGUGGAUCUGGAAGCCUUCAGUGCCAGUGCCUUUUACGACAUCCUCCUCAAGCACAGCAUGUCCGUCACGGUGUGCCUGGGCCAGCUGCGAAGAGAGGUGAAGCAGCUGUACCAGGGGAUCAUGGGGAAAAUUAUGGGCCUCCACCCUGGCCUGAGGGCAGUGGGCGGUGGAAAAAUGCAGGACGCUGAGAGGCUCUGUGGGGAGGUAGAACAGGAGAUGAGGCGGAGGAGGUCUCUGGCUUCACAACUGGUGCAGCUGUUGGACAGUCAACUUCACAUCCUACAAACAGAGCUGAAAGCACAGCGGACCGUGCACAGGACCUUUGAAACAUGCCUGAGAGAGUGUAUUCGACAUCUGGGGAGAAUUUCCGACAGCCAGGAGUCUCAAUGGGAUAAACACCUCCUGGAGCAUGUUGCUGAACGAGUGGCAGCACUGGCUGAUCAGAUGGCUGACCUGGUGACAGUGGAGUGCCAACGACAGGGUGCCUGGGCCGUGCUCAAAGAGGGCACAGGGGCACGCCUGCUAUGCCCGGCAUCUGGGUCAGUCCUGAGCAGGGAUGACAUGAUUGCUUCUGAUGGGUCAGUUCAGGCAUGUGAAGCCGUACAUGUGGACCCAUGUACAGGACUAAUACAGCCCAAUCCUAACACUCACAUGCUUCUAGCUAGUGGGCAUAGCAUGCCAGUGCCACCUGAUUUCUUCCUCCACCCACAGACUGGCAGAUUGCUUCCUGUGGCAGGUAAUGUAGGCUUUGACCCCUCCAGCUCUACGUUGGUUUUCACCUCCGAUUCAGGACUAGGGGAAAUUGGAAAAUGGGAGUCCCCCCUCCUUCCCUUUGUUCCAUACCCUUCAACCCGUCGUGGAGAACUUCUGAAUGCUUCUCGUCUCAGAGGCCUGCGUGCGGGACAGAGGCUGGUGCUAGGGGGACCCAUGUGUGACUAUGACACAGGUGUGCUGGUCCCUAUUUUAGCUGUGACCAUCCACCCUCAGACAGGGCUGGUCUACCCCUUGGGUGGCGUACAUGUGUGUCCUAUUUCACGCCUCCAUCAGCCUAUUCAGAUUGGCUCUCCAAUGCUGGACCCCCAAACAGGCAAUAUAGUGCUCAUUACAGGUGUCAGUUUGGAUCCCCUGACAGGGGCAGUGCUUCCAGUAGGGGGGCUGCUCUUGCAAGAGUCCUUCAUUGAACCCCUCAGCGGGAGGAUGGUACGGGUAGGAGGGGCCAGUAUCCGGGGAGGAAAGCUGGUUCCUCACGCUGGGGGUUUUCAGUCUCUGCUGGACAAUCAGGUUUUGGUUGUGCGGCUGCGGGUGGUGGAGCUGCUGCAGGGCUGUAAUGAGGUGUUGGGCUCAGGGGUUCUGGACUUGCAGAUGGAGCUGAGCAGGCUCAGAGGAGUAACCUUGGAGCUGGAACAAGCAUGGAAGAGCAGUCAUCAUUGCAUGCUGCAGCUUCUGACCCGCCUAGAGGUUCUGAAGGACUGGGCUUGGGGUGUGGCUCAAGAUGGAGGCAGUCUGGGGGACAUCCAGAUACCUGACAAUGAGCUCUCACUGCCUGCUUUGCCUGGGAUGGAAUAUCCUGACCCUGGAGGUUCCGGCCUGUAUGUCCCUGUUCUUGGGGCUCAGCUGGAGUGGACAUCAGGGCGCGUUGUGCCUCUAGCUGGAACAAUGGAAGAUGCAGAUGGAAAAGGACUUGUUCCCAUCCGUUUUGGAGCUCUCACAGUGGACCCAGUGACAGGGGCAGUGGCCCCUGUAGUGGGAGCCAGGCUGGACAUUCUGGGAAAGUCUGUUGUUCCGGUAACCGUAUCCCAAAGUCUGAUAAUGGGAGAAAACCCUGACAGUGUGCAGGUGGAGGCUCUGCAGAGGGAAUAUUGUUUGAGGAUAGAGAGUUGGAGGCAGCGGAGGCAGAGUGAGGAGGAGCUGCUGGGAGAUUUAGACAGGGAGCUGAGCCACUCUUUCUACACAUCUCUGCAGGAGUCUGACAGGGCUCAAUGGACAGACACUGAGAGGCAGCUGAGGGAUGCUGCCUGUGAGCUUCAUGAGGCUGCUCAAUCGGAAGCCCAGAGGAGGGCCCUUCAGAGUUCCGAGCUGUCUCUGCUACUGCCUGCUCAUAUAUUACUCACCCUCACGAAAGGUGAUGAAGAAGAAUGGGAGCAGCAGUGUCACUGGCACACAAAGCUGAUGGCAACAAUAAACAAAAUUAGUGUGUGCAUGGAGAAACUACAGCAUGACAAGGAUCAAUCAACAGCACAGAGAGGACAGCGCUACUUGGGAGGGAAAAUGAAACAGAGGGAACUGUGGGAGCAAUUAAACUCCAGCCAAGCUGAUCUGGAGGCUGCUUUCGUCCUGCUGCAUAGUGUUCGAGAACUCGGCCAACUCUGUGCAGACACAGCCCAGGCUAUGUUAUCAGGUUCCUUCUGGUAUAAAGACUUUGGCCUAAUCCAGCCCAGAGAUAUUAGAAACCCCUUAAAAAUGAUGGUGGUGACCCAGCACAAAAUCCUUCCUCACCUGGAACGUCUUACACAGUUCCUGGAGGAGAGCAAAUUCUCAUGUCGGUCCACAAGCACCCAUCGUCAGCCAAGCUCUGAGUUGUCAGCAAAACAGACGUUUGGUUUGGAGUCCUGUUCCCGAGCGCUGACUGCCUCUGUCUCAGCUGUCAAAGGAACUUCCACUCAGUCUCUGAAAGAUCAAAUAAGAACUCAAACUGUGAACAAGCAGAAUGGUACAGGACAAUCUUUCCCUUUGUCUAGCUCUCCACAACCUCAGAGGGCCCAGAGAAAGGCUCCCAUGAUUCAGAGUGAAGAUGUCCAGCCUUUGAGGGAACCUGCAGUGACCACACACAUCAACGUUCCCAUUCUGGCAGCUGAGGAAUGGGCCAAAUUGUUGGAGCUUUCGCCAGUCUUUCAGCUCAUCAGAGAGGUGGAGCAGAAGCUGAGAGACAGGGCCAGGGAUAUGGGGCUCCUUCAAGGGGAGCACACAGACAAGAAGCGGCACUUUAUUGAUUUUUUUGACGCACAGUGGAAAUGUGAGGGAGAACUGAUAAAACUGAACACUGACACUCUAAGUCCAAGAGAGUUUCUGGUCUGCCAGCAUGGACAGUUCUUGCUGCGACAGCUUCACUCACACAAUAUGAUUGCAGCGAUAAAAUUGCAACUUGCCUCCAGCCUUCCUUCAAAUAACUACUUUUGCAAUGCCUUCCGAAACUCCUUCUUUUAUCAGGAAGCAGACGAAACUCUUUAUGUGCGGAGUGAAAGGUUGCAAUCUGUGGGAGGCUUCUCUCUGCUGCUCCUGCACUGUGCGGCACAUAUUUCCACUGGAGACAUGAGCGAUGACUCCUGUCCUUCCUUUCAAAGGGCCUUUUUUAAGGUUUUACAGGUGAGCCUGAGUGAGCUUUUCCACUGCAGGCUAGGAGGGCACCUAUCCCCUUCACAAGACUGGAUACAAAGUUCUCAGCACACUGAAUCUGCUCUGAAAGAUCUUCUGCUCGAGAGAGUUCAAAAACCUGGCCACAAAAUUCUCUCAGAGGAGGAUGUAGCUGGGCUCCUUCGGAAGCACAAGGAGGCUUCAGUCUUCCUUCAUUUGGAGAGUCUACUGAGGGAGAAGAGCCAAGAGGUCACUCCCACCAACACAAGCCUGCAGCUCCCCAACAGCACAGCAAACUGGAACAAAGCCCCUCCCUGAGCCCCCUUUGCCACUGACUGGAAGUUUCUCCAUUGCUUCCAAUGUGUAGUGCUGCAGGCUGCCUAACAUUUAGCAACUGCCUGGCUCCCAAAAUGCAUCUUUUCUUGGAAUUGUAGUCAUUUAAAAGUCAGAAAUCCAAGGGAUGCACAACACCUGCGCCAAUGGAGGUUCUGCUGAUUGCUACCGUUGUUCUGUUUUUGGAUCAUUCUUUUUCUUUGUGUGUUUGUUGAGGGCAGUCUUUCAAAAAAGUAGGAAAAAUCUCUGUCCUCAUGCCAUACAAUGAGGAAAUUCUGGAUUCUCUCGAAAAGAAAAGAAAAAUACUGUUGGAUGGAUGCAUGGAAACUGUGCAUGCUGUUGUCCUCUCUUCUCUUCUUGUUGUCUGCAUGAGCCACACAUACAGACUCACUUAACAAAAACGAAAUGUCACAUUGCACGCUCUUGUAACAGGUUAUGUUAUUGCAAGAUUUCAAAAUAAAUGUUAAAUUAUACAUAUGUUAGUUUUAAUGGUUAGGAAGCAUAACAUAUUACCAUAGAAAUACUGGUAAUUUAUCUUAAAAAUAGGCAUUAUCUUAACCACAAAUAUUGUAUCAAUUUAGCAGACUAGACAAAGGGGUGACAUCAAUUAUGUAAAUAUGAAAUCUGUCAUGGAAUUAUUUAAAAUGUCCCUGUUUAACUGAGUAAAUACAGAAUUCAGGUGUCACCGAGAGGAAAAUGCAUUGGCAUUUCAGUUUUCCAUAUAUUAUAAGAAGUAAUCAUUAUCUACAUUUCUAUAUGCUUGUC